AGGAGAUCAUCUUGGAUCACCACCACAUUUUGCAUGCAGAUAGCGUGCUACCAUUUCACAACGCGCUUUUUAAGAGCAGCGACUGCGUAUGCCACGACCAAAAAAGAAACCCAGCGCCAAACAGCCUCGUUCCCGUGUAAAUUCCAAGAAGACUGCGAGGAAACAGAGCACGUCCAUUGGCAGUGUCAGCAGGUCUAUUCAAUGUCUCCUUGGUUUGCUAUGGAAACCAGUUCUCUUUCUGAUGGCAACAUGCACCACAGCAGUUGCCGGCCUUGGCAAGUUCUGCAGACGGCCAACUAAUGAAAUGUCUGCUUUUGUUCGUUCAUCAUGCAGCCCGCCAGAUGCCAUACCAGAAAAGGAACGUGGAAUGCUGGGAGCAGUGACUGCUAUACCACUGAAUCUGUACAAGCGUAUCAAAGACUUGUUGGCAGGCUCACGUCCCAACAACAGUAACGACACCAGUCAGCCACUGCUGGGUCAUUCUGAACAAUCUGCAUCGUCUGGAACAGCAAGUCCAACAUCUGAUGAUAUGUUGCUUCCCCAGCUGUCAACAUCCUUUGAUGAAGAGCUUGUUGUUGAUGGUAAAGAGACAAUUCUGGCAAACGAUAGAGCACCAGGAAAUGAAACACUGGCUGAGGAUGUCAUCGAGUGCCAAAAUGCAAGCUUCUUAUCCAAACAACCCAGAAGACCAACAAAAAACAAGGGAAAGGCUGUGAACAAGGAAAACAAGAAAGCUACUUCUACUCCAAAGGUGCAGCCAUCCUUAGCAAAACCCAAUUUAAGUCAAACACACCUAAAUGACGACACAAAAGUUAGACGUGGGUCUCAUGGAUAUCAUGAAGAGACCACAGCAACUAAACAAAAGAACACUAUUGGCGAAGGUCCAUUAGCAGGUCCAGCCAGGAAAUCAAAGCCUAAAGUUCCUAAAGAAACCAGUGCCAAGUCAGGUUUGUGGCAGCCACGAGAGUUGCCCAGAGACACAAGCAAACAGGAAAGAGAUAGAAAGAAUCGGAAGGAAAGCCAUAAAAAAAACGUGCCAUCAGGGUCACUGAAACCACCGUCCGAGCCAAGUAUGAAGUAUCCUGCAGGCCUUAUGCAAAAGACAGCGCUAUUUAAUAAGCCAUCGUCACAGGCAGCUCCACUAAACAUCCCUGAAAUGCGCAAUACAAGCAACAUGCAGCCAUUAGGCACUGCUACCAGCUUCAGUGCAGGGCGAAGCAAUGCCCCUUCACAUAAGCUAUCAUAUAAACCACAACCGAAACCUGAAUCAACUAAAAAGCAAACUGUAAGCCCUCAAGGGAAGUCAGGCCUACCUGAAAACUCGUCUACACAAGCAGGUCCACUUGAAGCACUUGCACCACAAACCACAAACAAACAGCACCUACAGACUGGUGCUAGCCUCAGUGAAGUGCCAAACAUUUCCUUAAACAGGCAUAUAGAUGAACCGCAGCCCAAAUCUAAGACAGGUACACAGCACAUUGUAGGUCUUAAAAAAAAGAUGCAGUUAUCCGGCAAGCCGUCUCCACAAACAGCCCAACCAAAUGUGCCUGUACAAGAGAACACAAGCGACAAGCAGCCUUUAAAAGUGGCUGCCAGAACCAGCAAGCCGCCAAGCAAAUCACAUAGGCCAACAGACGGACCACAACCUAAACCCGAGCCACCUAGUAAAAAACACCCUGUAGGCAUUAGCCAAAAGACGAAGUUACCUCAAAAGCCGUCACAGAGAGCUUCAUCAAAAGCACCUGUGCCAAACACAAACAAGCAGCCUUCAGGGACAGUGGCCAGCUCUGAUCAGGCAGCAAGCAACAUUACUGCACACAGGCCAAGAAAUAGAAUGAAAAAAAUAUCCGAUCCAAGUAGUAAAAAGCAUCCUGUAAACCUUCAUGAAAAAACAGGGUUACCUAACACGCCACCAUCACAAAGAGCUCCAUCAAAAGCACCUGCACCAAAAAGCACAAGAAACAAGCAGCCUUCAAACACAGCAGCCAAACCUGAUGGCACACCAAGAAGCAUUCCUUCAGAUAAGCCGAGGAAGAGGCCACAACCAAAACAUACACAAAGUAAAAAGCGCCCUGCAGACCUUCAAGAGAAGACAGGGUGGCCCAACAAGCCAUCGUCACAGAGGGCUCCAUCAAAAGCACCCGCACCAAAGACAAGCAACAAGCAGCCUUCAAAGACAGCAGCCAUAUCUGAUGAGCCAUUAAGCAACAUUCCCUCACACAAGCCACGAAACUCACCACACCAUAAAUAUAAGCCAAGCAGUAAAAGGUGUCUUGUAGACCUUCAAGAAAAGACUGGGUUAUUGAACAAGCCGUCAUUACUAAGAUCACCAAGACAGUCUUCACCACAGAACAUAAGCGACGAGCAGCCUCCGAGGACUACAGCCAGCUACGAUGAGGCACCAGGGAACGUUCCUUCACAAAAGGUUACAGACAGGUCAGGAAGUGACCACAAGACACCAAGCAUUAGCACAGCAGUAGACAACUCUGCCGACACAGAAAAGGGCAUGAAGCCAAGAAAACGUCUGCCGACUGUAAAGAGAAGCCAGGAAGAACCAAAGGAAGACACAAAAUUAGAAAACAUUUCUAGGAAGAAAGCUGCAGAAGAACCCAUUGGUGACAAAGACAAGCAGGAGAAGGACUCCGCAAAAGAAAUGCACCAUCAAGCAGAGUCACCAAGAGACAGCGAAACAGACGUCACCAAGCCGUCCAUGAUGGCCCUAAAUGUUGCUGGGCAUAACUCAAAGCCAGAGCCGCAGAAAAUGAAAGCUCUAGACUCGCAGGACCUACCAAGUGGUCAGUGGCCACAAAUGGUUUCUGCAAGAAUUGAGGGUUUUGGACCAGCUGUAAUAAUCAAUGCUCGAAAGAUGCAGCAACAGGUACCACCCAAGACACCACAUAAAAAGAAAUCGCUGCUGGACACAAUCCACAAAAUCAUGGAGGCUUGUGCCAAAAUGGCACAUCUCCUUGAAGCAAAUAGCACCGAUGAAGAUUCUACACAUUCUGAAGCAGGAGGCUCAAGUCCAAAUUCCGUUCCUGUGAAACCAAAGCUGGGUGGCAAUGAUAUGAACACAGCCUGUGAGAACUAUGGUGUUAGAAAAAAACAUCACAAACUGCCAUCUGCAGAUGGAAAAGAGCAAAAUGACAAAAAUUUGAGUCUUAAGAAAACUCUCAUGUCUGAAGAGCUAAUAGGUACCACAGGUGAGAUCUUUCGUUGGACAACCGGAGUGAAAAACACACCACCUUCGUUGAAUAACCUACACAAGCCACCACCUAGAGUUACAGACCAAGGUACUCAGACAGAAAAGAAUAGGUUAACACAAACUAAAGGUGUGUCAACUGACUGCACUGACCUUUUACCACAACAGACAGGUCAUGUCACCAACAACAAAGAACAGAAAAGUUUACAGAUAGACUUGCCAAAAAAUAAUGUAACCUCACUUAUCCAACUGCUGGAAGAAAAAGCCCGACAAGAUAGUGAUGAAUUAGCAUCCCCGAAAGAAUAUUUCAAUGCAGAAGGUACAGCACAAAGCAGUGGUGCAAAGAAUGGAGAGAUCACCAAAAGUGGAAACAAGCAAUCAUCAGUUGUCCAGGAAGAUCAGCCUUUGCCCAUCCAGAAUAUUGGAGCAGCUACAGCCAUAGAUUGCCCAAAGACACCACCUCCAAUAAAACUUCCAAAUGGUAGCCCGCAUGUAAGCUCAGUGGUCAAUUUCUUUGAAAAAAAUGCCAAGCAACCGGACCGAAAUGAACCUACUCCUUUCAAAGUGCAUUCGAGAUCAAGAGGGGCGCCAGAUCAAAAACCAGCAACAUACCAUGAUGGUAACACAACAGAGAAAGCAGAAGCAAUGAAUGUAGUACAACCGUAUGCACACACCAAAAAAGCUGCAAAUGCACAGUCCUCUGGGUUGACUACACAAACAGAUACAUCCAACAACCAACAGUCAGUUAUGCAUCUAGAUAUGCCACAGAAUGUAAGCUCACUUGUCCAUUUGCUUGAAGAGAAUGCCCAGAAAUGGAACAAAGCUGUCUCUCACAAACUAGGUUCCAAACCGGCCCGCACCGCUUUACAAAGAACAAAAGAUGAUGACACUAGCAGAAGUGAGGACGUGCAAGCACCUGCCUGCCAGGAAGACCAAACUUGGCCUUGCCUGCGCCCUAGGAUCUUCAGGCGUACGUUUUCCACACCCAAGAAAACACAUCACACAACUUUCAGAUAGCUCUUUUAUUUAGCUGCUGCACGGUAAUAAAAAACAGGCACUCUGGUAAAAUAGCUCAUCAUAUGAUGCAACAGCUUUAUGUGCACAGCGCUUUGCAGUCCAUCCAACCCAUGGGCUGUGAAUAGUAGAGUCUUAUACCUUGCGACAGUGGCCGUAAGUUCGGCAUGUAUGUGUUAGCUGCUUUCAGUUAGCUGCACUAUGAUAAAAGAAAAAGGCACUCUGGUGAAUGAACAAGCGACAUAAAGUGUGUUGUAAAGCACCAUAGAAAUACUUUUGAGUGAAAAGCUGGCCCAAUGGCCAUUGUGACUCUU